AUGUAUGAUCACGAUAGUUUCGGCUAUAAGUCCGAAUCACAACCUGAUUUAGAGUGCCGUCUACAUUUUGAACCCGAAGCAGUGGCACGGGGCACGAGGAAUGGUCAGCAGACCGCUUCCUCCUCUGCGAAGAAUAAUCGUCCAUGCAAAAUUUCGUGCUGCCGCCUGUUAUCAUUGUUUUUACUCAGUUGAUUGACCUUAGUUGUACUUUUUGAAUCACGGUGUCGGUUUUACUUGGUUGGAUCUAACAACACUGAGACUAGAUUCUUUGUUUUGAAGAUUGACAGAACAGAACCUAAGGAUUUAGUCAUCCAUGAUGAUCGGAUGGAAUAUACUCAGCAUGAAAUUAAAGAUUUAUUAAAUAUGAUAAAUGAAGGAAAUAAACCCAAAUUAGUGCAAAGAGGAAUGAGUGGAUUGAGUAGAACCGUCUCGGCAUUUGGCAUCGUAGGAUUUGUAAGAUUUCUUGAAGGAUAUUACAUCAUACUUAUAACCAAAAGAAGGAGAAUUGCAGUAAUUGGUGGACAUAAUAUUUACAAAAUAGAAGAUACGAGUAUGAUAUAUAUACCUAAUGACAGUGUCCGACAAGCUAACAGUGAUGAAUCAAGAUAUGUCAAAAUAUUUCAAAACCUUGAUAUUUCAAGUAAUUUCUACUUCAGUUACAGUUAUGAUCUUACUCACAGUCUACAGUAUAACUUUUGUGAACCUAAAGACAUCGGGAAUUUAAAUCUAUCUGGGAAAGAAAAAGUGGGUCUACAUAAUCCUGCCAGUUAUAAAUUUGUGUGGAACUCCCACAUGUUGAAAGGUUUUGAGAAUGUUGUACAACCAGACUGGGUUCUGUACAUUAUACAUGGAUUUAUGGGACAGUCUAAUAUAUGCAUAUAUGGUAAAUCAGUCUACUUAACAUUAAUAGCUCGACGUUCCAAUCAGUUCGCUGGAACCAGGUUCCUCAAAAGGGGAGCAAACUCUGAGGGUCAAGUUGCCAAUGAAGUAGAAACAGAACAGAUAGUAUACGAUGCUUCGGUGAUGUCUCCCACUAGGGGGCGCUAUACAUCCUACUUGCAACUCAGAGGCUCUAUUCCAGGGAUGUGGUCACAAGACAUUUCAACUAUGGUUCCUAAACCUCCAAUCAUGUUGGAUAUUGCUGAUCCCUUUGCUUACAUUGCUGGACAACAUUUCAAUGAAGUCACUAUCAGAUACGGUGCUCCUAUUAUUAUACUCAAUUUAGUCAAGAAAAAAGAAAAGCGCCGUCAUGAAUGUAUACUGAGUGAAGAAAUAGAGGCUGCGGUUGAAUAUUUAAAUCAGUUUUUACCACCACAGUUUGCUAUUCGCUAUAUAGCAUGGGACAUGGCAAGGUUCACUAAAAAUAAAAAUGUAAAUGUAAUGGCUCGUCUUGCUGAGAUGUCUCUUGAUAUUAUAAAACAGACAGGAUUCUUCCACAGUGGUCCUGGUGUGAGAUGUACUGCCCUCAAGGGUGAAAGAUGUUCAGCCACUAACUGUACUGGUGAUCAACCGGUAAUACCAAUCUGCAGACAGACUGGUGUUGUUAGAACCAAUUGCGUUGACUGUCUUGAUAGAACCAACACAGCGCAGUUUGCUGUCGGUAAAUGCGUUCUAGGAUACCAGUUAUAUGCUCUUGGUGUUAUCGACAAACCUGAUGUGGAUUUUGAUUCAGACGCUAUAAGAAUGCUAGAAGAUCUUUAUGAAGAUCACGGCGAUACCCUUGCAUUGCAAUAUGGUGGAUCACAAUUGGUGCAUAGUAUAAGUACUUACAGGAAGAUAUCCCCCUGGACCGCACAUUCCAGAGAUAUUAUGCAGACGCUAUCACGAUAUUAUAGCAAUGCAUUCUCAGAUACUGAAAAGCAGAGCUGUUUAAAUUUAUUUCUGGGAGUGUUUGAACCGUGUGAAGAUAAGCCACCGAUAUGGGAUUUGUCAACAGAUUAUUAUUUACAUCAUAACGACACUAUGUCAUUGAUGCCACGAAAGAGACCAUGCUAUACCGAAUGGUUUGAUUUGACCACGUUGAAAGCCCUCCCAUUUCCUUAUGACGAAGAAUCUAAAACCAUCAAUGGAGGGGAUGUUAUUAUUGGUUACCUUGGUGAUGAGAGGGUUGAUCCAUACAUUGAGUAUUACAAGCCACAUGAACUUACCGUGUACAGCGACCUCUUUUAUUAUAGUAUGUCACACUCAAUCAGAGAUUUUAUGCCAAAGUUUGUAGUAAAUUACAGUCCAUUUGCUGUCAGGGUGCAACCGGGAAGAAGAAAAGAAUCAAGGAAAGGCAAUCAGAAAGCAUCAGCAGAGCGUAAGAAUGCAGCUGGGUCUCCAAGCGCUACCUCCUCUGAUAGUAAUAGUAGCAGUAGUGAUGAUGGGAGUAGUUCCGAUGAAGAUGGAUUGUCAUUCAGUGCAUCGCCAAUGUCACCAUCACCAAGAGGAGGUGAUAGAUCUCUGACACUUAAUGAUUAUUUCCCAACUAUGGCACAGUCAUAUGGAGUGGAGAUCUCUAAAUAUAAAAGGCAUGACAUACAGGCAUAUCAACGAUUUGUAUCUGUUGAAAUGAACGCUAAACACAGUGUCAUCACAGAAGUCUUAUUGUCACCUGAUCUGGCACCCAUUAAGAAAUGUAUGAAACGCACUACAAGGCUCGUACCGACCAGUGUAUUCUCACUAGACAGUUCAAACUAUGUGGACCCACCCACAGUAGACAGAGCAUCAAAGAGACUCUAUGAAUCGUAUGUAUCAAAAGGAAAGCAAGUACCAGCCACUUGUGAAGGGGAUGACUAUGAUAUAUAUAGAAAGUAUGUCAUUCAGAAAUAUGACCGCAACUGAUAGGAAGUGUACUGCUUUAUGACUAUACUUCUGGAAAUUUGACAAACUUUGAAUCAGUUUUCACACAAAAAAAAUUGGCUAUUUUUGUCUUAAUCUUCUGAAGGAUCGUGAAGGCUAUUUUGUGAUGAAAAGAGGGAACUGGUGGUGAAAAUGCUAAGGGAUGUCAACUGACAAUCAUGUUUCACUGCUUUUAAUAGACUAGUAUGAAGUUCUGCUAACUGGGGGUGAAAACAUACAUGUAAUGUAAGACUUUAAUGCUAUACUCAUAGGAUUGAACUACCUCCAUAGUGGUUCUGAUUUCCUACACCGAGCACAUUGAUCAGAAUUGCCUGUGAUAAUUUAAUAUGAAU